CAGACGCAGACGCGGUCUCGCAGCCAUGGCCUCCAGCGCUGAGUGCUUUCUCACAGUCUGCGCAUGCUUACUUUUCGCCGCCGCAGCUGCACAGCUGUCGCCCGACUGCGCUUUGCAGGUGGCCGCAGUGCGCCGGGCCAUAAGACGCCUAGAGCCCCGAGCCGUCGCCAUGGCGGACGCGUGGGCCAAGCCGGCACCAGGCGUGCUGUCGGGGAACACGCGGCUGCUGGGAGACUACGACGAGUGCGUGGCCGCCGGGGGCCGCCUGUGCGUGGCAGACCUCGUCCCCAGAGCGGGGGGCGGCGGGGGCGGCGCAGCGCAGCUGCUGGCGGCGGCCACCGCGCACCGCGCCGCUCUGGAGGCGACGCAUCGUCAGGUGACGUUCUUCAUGUCGCGCUUCUCGCAGUGGCAGUGGGCGGCGUGCGUGCCCUCCGCCUGUAACGCCAGCGACGCCCGCCAGAUGGUGCUGGCGGCGCUGCGGCCCCGCCUCCACCCGCGGUUGCAGCUCGGCGUCAGGAUGGAUGAGGAGGACUGCAGCAGCGGAGAACCUCUGCCCUGGGACCUGCCCGCCGUUGCGGCUCUGAGUUGCGUGGGCGUGGUGCUGGCUGUCUCCGCGGCUGCCAGCGCCGCCCUGGAGAUACGGCGCCGACGCGGGAAGACGGCGGCCGCACCUGGCGAAGGGCCGCCACCAGCGUGGGAGUCGCUGAGCGUGCAGAGCGGUUGGCGGCAGCUGUGGGCGCUGCGGGCGCCCGCAGGCUCGGUGUCCUGCCUGGAGGCUCUUCGGCUGCUCAGCACGCUGUGGGUGGUGACGCUCCACAAGAUGAUCCUCGACGCGCAGCAGCCCGCCGCCAACAAGACCGCCGCCACAAAGUAUGUGGAGGACAUCGUGGUGACGCCGAUCAUGAACGGGAUCUCGUCGGUGGACACGUUCCUGAUGAUCAGCGGCUUCCUGCGCUGCCGGAACAUGCUCAAGGAGCUGGACGAGGAACGGUUCAGCUACUGGCGCUCCCUGCUGCAGAGGCUCAUCAGGCUGGUGCCGGCGUACUUGGCGGUGGUGGGGGUGUACGCGACGCUGCUGGAGCGUGCGGGGGCGGGCCCCCUGUGGCGACAGACGAUCGGGCCACAGGCGGACUGGUGCCGCCGCCACUGGCACCUCAACCUGCUCUUCCUCAACAACUACGUCGCCACCGAGGAGAUCUGCGUGGCGCAGUCGUGGUACCUGUCGGCGGACAUGCAGCUGUUCGCGGCGGCGCCGCUGCUCGUGUGGCCCCUCCGCCGGUGGCGCAGGGCGGGCCCGGCGCUGCUCGCCGCCUCCCUCGUCCUCGCCGUGGCGCUGCCGGCCGCCACCACGUUGCUGCUGUGCGACUGCCCCGCGCUCAUCGGGCUCGCCACCAGCGACGAUGCGUCCCUGCGGUACGCGCGGUACGUUUACUUCCCCACGCACAACAGAAUGGCGCCAUACCUGGUGGGCAUCGGGCUCGCCUACAUCAUGCACAAGGGGUACUUCACCAAAAUCACCAAGACGGCGACGCUGGCGUGCUGGGCGGCCAGCCUGGGGACGCUGGCGGCGGUGGUGCUGGGCCCGCGCCGCAUGCUGUUGGCCAGUUUCCGGCUCGAGUCGGCGCUGCCCGAGGUGGUCGCCUACGCCGGCCUGCACGCCGCUGCCUGGGCGCUCGCCACCGCCUGGGUCGUCUUCGCCUGCCACACGCGGCGCGCCGCGAUCCGAGGGCCAUUGCCUAACUGGCCACGACUUGGCGGCUACCACUCUGCCGCUGCCCUCCAGCCUUAG